CCCACAAAUAUCACACACUAGUGACUAUCGUCAACAAGCAAUUCCCAAUUUUUCCCACUACUCAACUCUUUUUUUCUCUCUCCUCAUUUCCCAAUCAAAUUCUGGGCAAACCCCGUCAAUCUCAAACGGUCGAAUUUGCGAAAAACUUCCCCAUUUUUCCCAGAAAAAGAAAUGGCAGGAUACAAAGCAGAUGAUGAUUACGAUUACCUGUUUAAGCUUGUUUUAAUUGGAGAUUCAGGUGUGGGUAAAUCAAAUUUGUUGUCAAGGUUUACAAAAAAUGAGUUUAAUCUGGAGUCUAAGUCGACUAUUGGGGUCGAAUUUGCUACUAGGAGCUUGACAAUUGAAAACAAGGUCAUCAAAGCUCAGAUUUGGGACACUGCCGGCCAAGAGAGGUACCGUGCCAUAACCAGUGCUUACUAUCGAGGAGCAGUUGGAGCUUUGCUUGUGUAUGAUGUCACCAGGAAAGCUACAUUUGAGAAUGCUGCAAGGUGGCUGAGAGAACUACGGGAUCACACUGAUCCAAAUGUUGUAGUCAUGCUGAUUGGUAAUAAGUCAGAUCUUCGGCAUCUGGUAGCUGUUACUACUGAUGAAGGGAAGGCUUUUGCUGAGCAAGAGGGUCUUGUUUUCAUGGAGACUUCUGCGCUUGAGGCAACUAAUGUGGAACUAGCUUUCACUGAGGUUCUUACUCAGAUUCAUCGUAUUGUCAGUAAGAAGGCAGUCGAGGCUGGUGAUGCUUCUGCAUCGGCUGUUCCAUCUCAGGGAGAGAGUAUAAAUAUCAAAAAUGAAACCUCAGCUUGGAAGAAAAUAGGCUGCUGCUCAAACUAGCUAGUUGCUUACUCAGUCUUUGCUUGCUGCUAUACCUUUUUGGUUCCCUGGGAAAAUUCCUAACUGGUUGAACUUUCUGCAUAUCAUUCUGUUCCUCGAAACAAAACAAAAAAAAAGUAUAGGGAUUUUCAAUGUCUAUAUAUUAGUAAUGCUCACACAUUUAGUAGAAUCUAUUUUCAAGUAUUUCUUGCAUGGGUUUGAUUGACAAGGCUUCUUUAUGUUCAGAAUUGUCAUUAGAAGGUCACUUGAAUGAUAGCAACAGUUACCGAACCUGCAUUUCUAUAGCACAUACCAUAAGUUCUGGUCUA